AGUACGUUUUCUAUAUUGAAUAUAUAAACAGCAUAAUAUUACAUUUUGAAUGAGAAGCUAUUAGUAAUAAGUAAUUAUUCAUUCUAUCUAUUUAUUUUUCUCGUCUUUCAACCUCUACUUUGUGCACUUUCUCUCUUAAAAAAGCCCCAAAAUCUCGAUCUGAAAAAAUUUAGGGUCGGAAUCUAGAAGUGAGACUAACAUCGUCAUAGCUAGUGACUUUUAUUUCUGGUCCAAGAUAAGUUCUGUGAAAAAUCUGUGUACAAUUUUCUCAUAUAUAUAUAUAUAUAUAUAUAUAUAAUAUCGCUAUCGUCGCGGCCACAGUGACCGUCUAUUUUCGUCACGAUGAGACAAUCAUCAACGCAUUUGCAGUGAUACAACGUCUCUGAUCUGAGCUUGAUCGCCUGCAUGAGCAGUUUGGGCCGUGGUAGCCGCCGUUACCGUGAUCGUCACCGGAGAAUCUAUGUUUGUGAAGUUAGGGUUUCACUGUGCCGGAUGCAUAGGGGAUAAAUGCUUGUGGGAAGGGAUUUAGGGUUUCUGUGCCGGGUCCUGGUGGUUGCGUUGUUUGCUCCGGUGGUGAUCGGCUUCGUGGUCCGUCGGAAAUGGAGGAUUGCGGCGGCCAGGACGGAGGAGAUCAAGAGGCUUUUGGUCUUGGCGUCGGAGGAGGCAGCUAGGGCUGAGCUCGAGGCCUCCUAUGGGUACAUAAGCGAUGCACCGGCUGUUUCCCGGCAGGUACUGUAUCAGUGUGCCGUUUGUUUUUGCCCCACCUCUACGCGGUGUGCACGGUGUAAAGCUGUUCGGUACUGCUCUGGUAAGUGCCAGAUAAUUCACUGGAGGCAAGGUCACAAGGAAGAAUGUCGUCCUUUUGCCACCACUGACCAGAUCAAUGAUGUAGGCUGUUCUACUGAGAACACAAUCAAUCAAGAGGAAUUCGAAAUUCAUGGUAAUAGCUUUGAGCCUGAAGGGAAGCAGUGUGCUAAACCAGUUGAAAAGUUUCCUGAAGAGCCUGCAAUUUCGAAUUCCAGUAGUGAUCCUGAAGUUUUCUGUGGGAAGGAUGACACCAGAACUGAGUGUAUUGCAGAUGGAAAAGGAAAUAGUUCUGCUUCUAAAUUUACCACUUCCUCAUUGUCUGAGGGAUUUUCCAUGCGCACUACCUCUUCUGAAUCCUCUGCCGAUGUUGCAGUCCAUAGAGUCAGUAGUUCACAUCCUCCUGAGAGAUUGGGUGGACAUAAUUCCAGUAAUAUUGUCCCUGAUAAGCUUGAGACUGCUUGUUCUAGAAACAUGGAUCAAAUUAAACAAUCAUCUACAAAGCACCCCACUCUGGUCAAUACUUUAGAUAGUUUUAAUAGUUCGGGUAAGUCAAAUCAGAUCAAAGCCGAUUGUAAUGAUGGAGAUUCUGCGUGUAGAUCAACAAGUUCUUCUUCUACUCCCUCUUCUGGUUUCUGGGAAGGAACAAUUGACUCCAGUGGGUCCAAAGAUGAUCUUGAAGAUUCUGCUCAGUCCAGUUCCAUUAAGGUCAGUGAUGCGAAACCGUUCCAAUCUUCUCUGCGUUUAUCCUUUAACUUGGUGAGAGAUGCAGUUCCUCCUCUGCAUGUACAAGGCUCUGAUACCAAACAAAUUCUAUCAGAUGACUCUCGUGCAACUACUUUGGGAAUCAAGAAGCCUAUUGAUGGGGCUGCUAUAUCAGAGGAAAUAUGCAAGGACAACUCAAAGACGACAAGUUUACCGUCGUUGAGCUCUGAGGUGUCUAAACAUGUAGGUUUCGAUUCUAGCAGCGAUUCACGUGUAUUGAAGUGCAGAGAACGAAGAAGUUUCCCAUCUAGUCCGUCUUAUGCCCAUUCAGCUUCUGACUCUGGAAGGCAUUCAAUAAGUACAGAUGCUUCAAAUGCCAGUAGCUUGCGAUCCUUGAGCACUGAAAGGUCAAAUCACGUGGUUAAUGGCACGAGUGGUGCUAAAGAUGGAAGGCGUUCAGUUUCAAGUCAAAAAUCUAGAAAAGUUGAUAGUGCUGACGCUCCUGCUGCUAAUCCCAUCCAUUUUGCACCAAUGGCUAAUAAUGGUACGAAGACAUCAAUGAAAGUUGUUGAACAGUUCAGAUCCUCCAAAUCGUCUAGUCACCAUCCGUCAGGGGUUGGGGGUGAGAUUGUUCGAAGAUACAAUAAUAAGGGGCUGUUUCCUUACGAAGUGUUUGUCAAACUCUAUACAAAUAAGGCUGAAUUGCGCCCAUGCGGCCUCAUAAAUUGUGGGAACAGCUGUUAUGCUAAUUCUGUGCUCCAGUGCUUGGCAUUUACUCCACCUCUCACUGCUUAUUUUCUCCAAGGGCUCCAUUCCAAAGCAUGUGAAAAGAAAGGAUGGUGCUUCACUUGUGAACUUGAAAAUCUAAUUCUUAAAGCAAAGGAAGGGAGUUCUCCACUCUCUCCUAUAGGGAUACUAUCCCAGCUACAAAACAUUGGAAGUCAACUUGGUAACGGGAGAGAAGAAGAUGCGCAUGAAUUUCUGAGGUAUGCCAUUGAGACAAUGCAAUCUGUUUGCCUUAAGGAAGCCGGGGUAAAAGCAUCAGGCUCUUUGGAAGAAGAAACAACCCUCAUAGGCCUUACAUUUGGGGGCUAUCUUCGAUCGAAGAUAAAAUGCAUGAAAUGUGGAGGCAAAUCUGAGCGGCAUGAAAAGAUGAUGGAUCUCACUGUUGAGAUAGGAGGAGAUAUAGGAACCCUAGAAGAGGCUCUAAGAAAGUAUACGGGUACUGAGAUUCUGGAUGGUGAAAACAAGUACCAUUGCAGCAGAUGCAAAUCCUAUGAGAAAGCCAAAAAGAAGUUGACAGUAUUGGAGGCUCCGAAUGUCCUUACAAUUGCAUUGAAGCGAUUUCAGUCAGGUAAAUUUGGCAAGCUCAACAAGGCCAUCCAGUUCCCAGAAAUUUUGAACCUGGCUCCAUAUGUGAGUGGGUCAAGUGAUAAAUCGCCAAUCUAUAGGCUUUAUGGUGUGGUGGUUCACUUGGAUAUUAUGAAUGCUGCAUAUUCUGGUCACUAUGUGUGCUAUGUUAAAAACUUUCAGAACAAGUGGUUCAAGAUUGACGAUAGUACGGUAAAAGCUGUGGAACCUGAAAGUGUCUUGACAAAAGGGGCAUACAUGCUUCUGUACGCAAGGUGCUCACCCCGGGCCCCAAAGUUGAUAAGGAAUUCAAUAGUACCUCGUGAUCCAAGGAAAAUAAAGAAUCCUACAUUUAAUUUAAGAUCCCAACCUUCUGUGCUUCCUUUAAAUGGUCAGGCUGCCAAAGAACCGUUCUAUUUGGAUCACAUUAGUUUGCAGCGGAUCCGAAAGAUCUUUGAAGAGGAUUCUUCAAGUGACAAUUCUUCCUCGUUCAGUUUGUCUGAGGAAGGUUCCUCCAGUACUGAGAGCACCAGGGGUUCUACUGGCGCUGACGACUUUCUGGAUCAGAUAGUUGGUGAUUUUGGACAUAAUUGGAACAGCCCUUGUAGGAAUUCUUCAGACUCCGACACUUCCUCAUCCUCUUCCUCUUCCUCUCCCUCUCCCUUGUACUCAAGGCAUUCACCCCUUGCUGACUUGGACCGAUAUGAUUCGGAAUAUGCCGAGACAAAUGACUUGCUCGUUGCUAAAUCAGCCGUGGACCGUCAUGAUCUUCAGUCUGGACAACCCCGCAGGAUCAGCAAAAUGGAGGAUUUGGUAGGCUACGGAAGUGUUCCUUUUUUGAACUCUGACAGAAAUAAAGAGCGUAGAAAAUUAGCAAGUAGCAGUAGUAGUAGGGAAGUCUGACUCCGAGAAACUAGGAUGGUCCGGCGACAUUAAUUCCGGUCUAUCUUCUAGGAGACCAACAUCGGAAAGAACAGGUUAAAAAUUUAACUAUAAAGGUUUUGCAUCGAGAGUUCGGGAAUAAGAGUUCGGGGGUGGGGGUGGGGGUGGGGGUUAGGGAGGGACUAUAUAUGUAUGUAUUGUACUGUUGUUGUUGGCUUUGUUUAGAGAUAAUUGGCCAUCAUGUUGUCACUCUCUUCCCCUUAAAUAUAUGAUAUAGUUAUAUUCUGUUGUAAAACUAUGGUUUGGGUGCUCCUAUAUCUAUAUGUUGGGUCUUAAAAGGAACUACUUGUAUGAGUAUCAACAUAUAUCAGAUAAUUUUGGAGUUGCUCAUAGACAAAAUCAAGUGUC